CUCAACAGUCGAACAAAACCUCUCCUGUCCACUUGACUUGGGCAAGUCGAUGACGCUGGAUUCUAUUUUUUUUUUUUCUAGAUCAAAAUAGUACAGAUAAUCAACUUUUUCAAAAGAAAAACAUUAUAUUUGUAAAAAAAAAAAGUAUUAGAAAAUUAAUUGAUUAAUUAAUCAGAUAGAAACUAUGUCGAUGAAAAGAAUCAAUUCUUCUUGGUGAUAAACAUGGAAUUUAUUAAUCAUUUCGCACAAACAAACAACGCUCUCAAUCAAACGAACUGUAUUAUUGAUUGAGAAAAGAAAAUGAGUUCAACCAAUGGGAAUCAGAAUGAUGAAAUUCAGGAAUCUAAUGGUUCUAAACCUGAGGGUGAAAAGCCUUUGGAUGUUUCCACAUCGAGAAGGAUACUAUUGAGCGAGAAAAACGCUCAAACGAAGAAACUCGAUGAGAGCUCGGGUUCAGCUUCGAGUAGGCUGAAGAUUUUCCAAUUUGGCUCUGCUUCGGCGAAGUUCAAGCGGUUGGCGCAGGAUAAAGAUGAAAUGUCGCGGUCUGUUGGUUCUUCGAGUGGUCAUGGUAUUCGUGAGCGUAUUAAUGGGGUCUUUGCUCGGAAGAUUGAUUGGAAGUCUCUGAUGAAAAUGUGUAAAGAAUGGAUUCGGGAUCCUAUGAACAUGGCCCUUUUUGUUUGGAUUUUGGGUGUUGCUGUUUCGGGGGCGAUUUUGUUUAUGGUCAUGAUUGGAAUGUUAAAUGGUGUAUUGCCGAAGAAGUCGCAGAGAAAUGCAUGGUUUGAGGUUAAUAAUCAAAUACUCAAUGCGUUGUUUACUCUAAUGUGUCUCUACCAACACCCGAAGAGAUUCUACCACUUAGUACUUCUCUGUAGAUAUAAACAAGAUGAUAUUUUUAGACUCAGAAAGAUUUACUGCAAGAACGGGACUUACAAGCCCCAUGAGUGGGCACAUAUGAUGGUUGUUGUUGUUCUUCUCCAUGUAAAUUGUUUCGCUCAAUAUGCAUUGUGUGGUCUGAAUUGGGGGUACAAGAGAUCCGAGCGGCCUGCAAUAGGAGUAGGAAUAUGUGUAUCUUUUGCAAUAGCUGCUCCUGCAGUUGCUGGGUUAUACACCAUUAUUAGUCCCCUCGGGAGGGAUUACGACGAAGCCGAUGAGGAAUCGCAGCUUCAUAUUACCUCAGAUGGCAGUAAGAGGCCAGAUCAGUUGCGAUCAAAAUCGUUAGAGAAAAUAUAUUCAUUUGCAAAUAGAGACGACCGAGAAGCUAUCGAAAUUACGCCGCUAUGGAGCGGAGGGAUUCUUGAUUUUUGGAAUGAUCUCUCUCUAGCAUAUUUGUCACUUUUUUGUACAUUUUGUAUCUUCGGAUGGAAUAUGGAAAGGCUUGGAUUGGGAAACAUGUAUGUUCAUAUUGCAACAUUUCUUCUCUUCUGUAUGGCUCCGUUCUGGAUAUUCAACUUGGCUGCUGUUAAUAUCGAUAACGAGAUGGUGAGGGAAGGAUUAGGAUUUACUGGUAUCAUUCUUUGUGCAUUUGGCUUGCUGUAUGGUGGUUUUUGGAGGAUUCAAAUGCGAAAGAGGUUUAAAUUGCCAGCUUAUACGUUCUGUUUUGGCAAACCAGGGCUUUCGGAUUGCACACUCUGGCUAUGUUGUUGUUGGUGCUCUCUAGCACAGGAAGCUCGAACUGGGAAUUCUUACGAUAUUAUAGAAAAUAAGUUCUACAACAAACAUGUCGAUGGUAGUAAUCAUUUGCAGCCCUCACCUCGUGAAGGUGGCUCGGAAUCCGGCUCGAGUUCCCCACUUGGCAAUAAUCGCAGCCCAUCCAAGGCGGUAAUAACUGAUUCUCAAAGUCCCAGCAGAUUUUCAAAUGAGUACAAAAAUACAGAUAGGAAGCUUCCUACAGUAGAAGAAGAGUUUUCUGCUGCAAGCAAGGAUGUUAUUAUGGCUCCACCGUCUCCAUCAGUGAUAGAAAGAGAAGCCACUUAGCUGGAGCAUGAGGUUCUUUUUCUUAGUAACAAGUCAAUAUGGAGAGAGAGGUAAUGUAAAUUUUCCAUGUAUCAUGAGUGUAAUAUUGUACGGAAACUUCUUCAGUUUUACAUUUCGAUGUUUUCAGAAUCGUUUUAAUAUUCAGAAAUUCUACAUUUACAACCUA